AUGGGCCAACAGAAUUUAACAUCAUUGACUGAAUUUAUUCUGAUGGGAGUCACAAGGCAGCCUGAGCUGCAGAUGCCACUUUUCAUGGUCUUCCUCAUUCUCUACACAGUCACAGUGGUAGGCAACCUGGGCAUGAUCAUCUUAACCCAUGUGGACUCCCGCCUACACACACCUAUGUAUUUUUUUAUCAAACACCUGGCUUUCAUCGAUCUUGGUAAUUCUACUGUCAUUUGUCCCAAGAUGCUGGCAAAUUUUGUUCUGGAUCAAAAUAUCAUUUCAUAUUAUGCAUGUGCCACACAGUUGGCUUUCUUCCUUAUGUUUAUUAUCAGUGAAUUUUUCAUCUUGUCAGCCAUGGCCUAUGACCGCUAUUCAGCCAUUUGCAACCCUUUGCUCUACAAUGUCAUUAUGUCCAAGAGACGUUGUCAUAUGCUGGUGGGCAUUCCUUACCUCUAUAGUAGCUUUCAGGCUCUAAUGUUCACUAUUAAGAUUUUUACGUUGACCUUUUGUGGCUCUAAUAUCAUAAAUCAUUUCUAUUGUGAUGAUGUUCCCUUGUUACUUUUGCUCUGUUCAAAUGCCCAAGAAAUAGAAUUGCUAAUUAUACUAUUUUCAGCAUUUAAUUUGCUUUCUUCCCUGCUGGUAGUUUUGGUAUCAUACAUUAUGAUUCUGAGAGCCAUAUUUCAAAUGCAUUCUGCAGAGGGCAGGAAAAAGGCUUUUUCCACAUGUGGUUCUCAUCUGACUGUGGUGGUUAUAUUCUAUAGCUCUCUACUAUUUAUGUACACACAGCCCAAAUCUACUCGCUCCUUUGAUAGUGAUAAAAUGGCCUCUGUGUUUUACACUUUAGUGAUCCCUAUGCUUAAUCCCUUGAUAUACAGCUUAAGGAACAAAGAGGUAAAAAAAGCCUUCCAUAGGGUCUUUAAGAAUCAGUGCAAUCUUUGA